AUGCUCUCCUGGUCAACGUACGUGGCAUCUCUGCAUCACAUGCUUUCAACCACUAACAACCACCCAGAAUUCAAUCUCUCCUCAUCUUCUUCGGUCCCUGGUUCAUUCCCAGAGCAAUCGCCUACUACCGAGCAAUAAGAAACCGCCCAGCAUCCCAAAUCAAAUCACUCCCACAAAAGACCUCCUACGGCCUGACCAUCCUCUUCAUCUCCGGAAUCAUCGCCCUCGUCGGCACUCUUCCCGCCUUCCAACCGGAAAACAUCUUCCGAACAACCCAAUCCCGCCUGCAAACAGCCACCGGAGUCCUCCUGACCCGCCUCGCCGCCGUUAGGCCACUCACCUCCAAAGACGAAACUCUCCGCCGACUCUUCGAGACAGGAGGCCUCCAAGCCCGUCUCCUCUACGCUCGCUACGGUCCCACCAUCCUCCUCGCCAACCCCCUCACAACGCUGGGAACCCUAGACGCCUCCAAAUUUCACCUCCUCUACGCCCUCCCUUCCCUCCUCGCCCCACACAUCCUCCACUUUUUCGCCCUGGGUAUAACAACCUCCACUACCCUCUCCGGCUCCGAACCGGCAAGAUGGCGCACAGUCGCCACAAUAGCCGCUCUCAUCCUCCCCGCAGCGGAAAUCUACUACCUCUCCACCACACCCCAAGAUCCCCGCCAGACCGAACUCAACUUCCUGGCAUGGAAAGUCCCCAUCUACCGCGGUCUCGCAAUCGCAUGUCUCGACUCCCUCCUCGGCCUCGCAAUCUAUCUCCAAUCCACAAACCGCGCCUUCCUGAACCCUCCUUCCCCUUCCCAACAGCUCCUCGCGCAUACCUCCCGCUUGGAGACUCUCCUCGCCAGUACUCGCAAACUAGGCGUCAUCCGAAACGCCACCGUCCGCGAUAAAGACAUGCGGAGGAGGGUACAGGAUUACUGGUUCCAGGAGAGUGAAGUGAUGAAGGACGUGCACGAGGAACCGGAAGUUCUGGAAGCGCAGAGGAACGCUUUGCGAAGGUUGGAUAUGGUGAAGAUUGGACGGGAAGUGGAGCAAUUUGUUACGAAUAUCCUGGGAUCCGAAGGGCCGAGACAUGGAGGAGCACCGCCUGUACCUGUUCAUGCGCCGGGGACGGUGGCCUCCGUCAUAUGA